UCACUCGCAGCCCUUGCUUAUCUGCGGCGCGCCCUGCAGUCGCGGGCUCGUAGGGCGGAAGGGCUUAUAGGAGCGAGGCAGGCUAGGCGCUGGCUAGGCAGACUCUAGUCUAGGCGAAGCAGCGCGACACGGAGGCGCGGGAGGCUCGCAGCUUCUAGACUUUGGCAGAGGGAGCUGCCUCGAAGCGCAUGUAGGGAGGGAGGAAAGAAGGGAAGAUGGUCAUUCGGGUUUUCGUCGCGUCUUCCUCUGGUUCCGUGGCGAUAAAGAAGAGGCAACAAGACAUUGUGCGAUUUCUGGAAGCCAACAAGAUUGACUUUGAACAAGUGGAUAUCACCAUGUCAGAGGAGCAAAGGCGGUGGAUGUAUAAAAAUAUUCCUCAAGACAAACUGCCUGCACAAGGCAACCCAUUGCCUCCCCAGAUCUUCAGCAAUGAUGAGUACUGUGGAGAUUACGACUCGUUUUUUGAAUCCAAGGAAAGUAACACCGUCUUUACAUUUCUUCGCUUGAAGUCUAAUUAGGCCUCACAGGAAUCAGAACCUUAGGAAAACUCCUUGAAGAUUCCAGAAGCAGUUUGUCUGGGAGAAUGAAUUCCUCGAUGUUCAGCACGCUACACCUUCCCUCGUGGAUCACUGUGAUACAAGCCAAUAUGCACCAUUGGUAUUUUGCUUGCUGCUGAAGAGGUGAAAAUAAGACAACGGAUACACACACAAAAAAUGGGGUGAUUGGUUGUGUCGGGUGCUCUUCUUUCUUUGCAAAUAUAUCUGUAGUUAAUCCUGUGGAUCAUUGUUCUGAUAUGCACUAUUAUUCCAUUUAAAUGAUGACUUAAGGUUCCCAAGAAUGACAAAGGGCAGCAGAAUCAGAUCAUGCAUUAUUAUAGGAUCAAAAAUCCAAGUGUUUACACUUUACUGAGAUGGGAAUUACUGUAGGGAUGACUUAUUGUUCUAACUGUGAUUACAAAUAUCUUGAGCUGGCAAAGUUCCCAUUUUCCAAAAUACAAAAAAAAAUUAUUAUAAUAAUUCUCCUAGCAAAACAUCUCAUUGUUGUGCUAGAUGUGCUAAUGUGUUUUUGUUGCCAUAAGUGGGCCUAAUAUAUAUUCCUGGUAGAAGCAAGAACAUACAUACGUGGUUGGGAUUCACCCGUACAAUGCAUAAGCCUUUCUAUAUAAAUGCCUAAUUCGAGCAAGCAUGUUUUUGCUUUGAUGGCCAUCUAAGAAUGAUCUUUUAAGUCUCUCGACCCAAGAGAGAGAGAGAGAGAGACGAUGUUCUUGUAUUCAAGAACAAUCCCAAAUCAACUGAUCAACAAAACUAGCAAAGAAGAAAUAUCAGCAAUCUGUGUCAUUCUGAACAAUAGUGCCAAAUUUUAUAUUUCCAGAUGCCUUCUGCCUUCUAUGUCAAGCAUUCACAACAGUUAAUGGUGUCAAUUAAUUGUAGAGUCAAGUUCAAAACAUGGAGUGCAUUAUACAUGGUGAUCAACAUCUGUACAAGACAGAAGCCAUGCUCAAUCACUUUAAUGGGGAAAAGGGCAGGGGUUCUUCAAGAAAAGAACCUUUCCUGCCUAUAAAAUGUGAUAUUUCAUAUGAUUGUGUUGGGUGAAGACAGUACGGUAUCUUCCACUUUUAAAGCGCAUAAGAACAGACAACCCAAUGAUAUACAUUUCUAAAUGGGUGGGACUACAGAAAAAUAGCUCAGCCAAGACAUUCUGUUUGGAAGUAAGUCUUAUUAUAUUCAAUUAAAUUUAGCCCCUGACAAGUGCACACGUCUUAUUUAGAUUCUCAAACCGAUUUUCAAAACUAGCUGUAGUGAUGAAGAGGUGUGAUGUUUUUCCACACCUCUUCAUCACUACAGCUAGUUUCGAAAAUCAGCUGUCUUCUUGUCAAAGGCACUCUUUGGUUUAAAUAUUGGGCAGGUUCUGUUUGGACAUAGCUACCAUUAUCCCCCAAGGCUCUCUUUAAAAAUGAGAGCUGACAACAUCAAACUGUUUGGAAAUGAAAGUAUGCAGAAGAAGAAAAGCAAAGGGAAGCUGAGGGAGCAGAAGGGGUCCUGAUGGCAUGGCAGAAAGCAUCUUCCUUUGCUUAUCUUGACAAACAUGCAUGCCUUGUGAUUGGUCACAGCACAGUAGCAUCCACUGUGUGUUUAGAGAAGCUCCUUCACCACAGACACUUUGUAGUAGGAGCACCCAGGACCGGUUUCGUUUUUAAAAAUCCAGAUGUGCCCCCAUCCCAGUCUUGCACUCUAGAACAACUUGUAGUCUUUGGGACUAAAUGACUUGAUGAAGUAUGUUAACUUUAUUGUACACACAGAGUUCCCCCACCUGUUAAGAGUUAUGUCUUAUCUUUCAUCAAGAUGUCCUCUCUAUGUCCUCUCUUGAUUGCGGCAAUAAAUUCAGGUAUUCUGUUUAAGUAGAUCUGGGGUGAAAAAAAUCUGGAUGACCAUAGAUUAGGGGUCUCAACCAGUAUCGGGCCAUGGCUUGCUAGGAGCUGGGCCACACAGCUGGAGGUGAUCAGCGGGCCUGUGAGUGAAACCAAAAUAAUUCUCCCCUCCCCCCUCCUCUCCCUAGUCCAUGGAAAACUUGUCUUCCAUGAAACCCAUCUCUGGUGCCAGAAAGGUUGGGGACUGCUGCUA